CAAUCUCUGUCUCUGUGAUUAACUGCAAGUUCCUAACAAUACACUGAAACAACUCAAGGAAUUGUAUCCUCUUCAAUCUUUAUUAAAAAGUACUGGUAGCUCUCUUUCUUUACCUCUCCUGUAUGUGUUAAGCCAUGGUGAAGCUAGCUUCUGCCCGCGAAAACCGAUUGUAUGGACCGCCUCCUUCUCAUAACCGGUGGGAGUACAUCAACGCCGGCCUCUAUAUAUUUUGCUCCAUUCUUUUACUUAUAGGGUGCUUAUUAGAACUGUUCAGCGGUGUAUCGAGGUCUGCACUUGUGAUCCUCCUCAUAUCUGCUGUGCUAAUGGCGGCCAUUAACAUGCACGACCUCUUUGCUCACCUUGCUGGAAUUGAUUUCCGUUUGUCAUUGAUUGGAGGUGACAAACAAAUCGCCUUAGUGGAAAUUGGAGCACCUUUGAUACAAAUGCUCGGAUCCAUUCUCACUUUUCUUGGUCUUCUUUUUCUCGUAAUUCAGGUGGACAAAGGGAGGCAUGGCUUAAGCUUGUUGAUAGCAGGGCCAGCCUUAUGGGUGUUGGGUUCGAUUCACAACUCUUGCCAAGUGUAUGAGAGAGCAGACAGUUAUAUGCAAAUAUUGCAGAAAGCAGUCCACCUCCCCUUUCUCUUGGGCAGCUUACUCUUCUUGGUGGGAGGCAUCCUUAGUGUCAUGAUGACCCAUGAUACAUUGGACAGGGGUUGGGGUCUGUUUGGUGCAGUCGGGAGUUUUCUGUUUUUGUUCGGGGGGAUGGCGAAUGUCCUUAAAGUUUUCAAGAUGCAAGGAGUGAUGAUGGAUGUGGGGAGGCUGGAGAAGCUGAGGGGUGGGGCGCAGGAGAGGCUAUACAGAGAGAGAGAAGGGAGGCUACCACUCUUAUUAGAUGAACAAAGGAGGAGAACGAUUCAGCACCACCUUCCCGACAGCUCUUUACCAGCCACAACCUCAUCAGCCCCGACCUCUACUCCAUACAAAGAUGUCUUAGUCGGCAUUACAAGAGAUUCUUGAGCACCACCGUUGUUGCCCUAUAUUUUCAGCAGGUUCUUCGAGGUCAUAACCACGAAGAUGCCCCUGACUGUUGUCAGGUUAUGUUCCAUUUUCCAUUAAUAUCCAUGGUAGUGGUCUAUGAAUCAUGAAUUCGAUUGCAAGGUUUUGCUUGUUUGCACGAUCGUCGUCAUCAUCAUCCUUUGUUAGUGAGUGUGGUUAUUACAUAUAAAGUGGUGAAACAUUUGUAUUAUGAAGACUUUGUUCAUGGGAAACCUCUGUACUUGUUCAUCAAAUAAUUCUUAUUGCGUCUCCAGCUGCAUUGUAAACAUUAUGCUUUCGAAUAAUUUAAUUUGAUUGAAUAUU